UCAGAAAAAAUCAAACUAUCUUCAUCAAACAAAGUUCACAACUUCACCUCCACAUCACUGCCGCCUGAUGCCAUCUCUUUACUCAACAAAGGAACUAACUUCAUCCCUACCACCACUACGCCAAGCAUCUCUUCUCUCCAAAAGACCAUCGAAUCUGAAGUCAACACAGCUCUCUGUUCCCUCAUCCGCAAGAAAAACCACACCACCAAGCUCAACUCAUCUAAAACUUCCAAAUCACUUCUCCGUUUCCAUCCUUACCGCAAGCAGAUGCAUCCGCUUCCUUUACUACAACAAGAACAAUCACGGCCUCACUUCAACCUUCACCUCAUUGACUAUGUUCACAAUACUGUUUCUUUCACUAAAGAAUUUUUGCAACCUGCUAAAUUGCGUUCUAUUAUUUAUCCUAAAUUAUGUAACACCCUCCCACACACCACAUCUUACAUUACAAACGUACAGAACGACAAUGGCGUAAUACUUACAGUUUCUGACAAAAACAUGGGUUGGGCUUUUGUGCCUACUUCAUGGUUCUCCACCGAAUACAAACGACAUUUCUCCGACCUUUCUACCUACAAACGUAUCGACAACUUUAACUGUAAACAAACUAUCACUAACUCCCACACACUACUUGGCCAAUUCAAAAAACGAUUCUCCACUGUUAUCACUAACCAAGACAACUCGCGACUGUUGGACCCCACCCCACAAGACAGACUACAACUACCCUACAUGAAACUACUACCUAAAGUACACAAACUCGACAAACCUGCAUCAUACGACAACCUAAACAAACUAACUGGUAGACCUAUUAUCACUGCGCACAGCUGGGUAACAUCCAACCCCUCACGUCUACUGGGGACUGAACUAGGCAAUAUUAUUUUACAACUGAAAAACCUUUUUGAAGAACGAAACAUACCAUACCCAUUGAUUUACAACUCAUAUGACUUACUGCUUUUAUUA